AUGGAAACCUGUACAAACUUGUGUACUCAUUUAAUCUAUGCAUUUGCCAUUAUAAACUAUGCCAAUAAGAUAGCAGGCAGUGAGUGGAAUGAUGUGGCCCUCUACUCAACCUUUAACCCAUUUAUAUUCAUCAAGUCUUCCAUAGAAUUCCUUAGAAAGCAUACAUUUGAUGGACUGGAUUUAAGAAAAGAUUAUGCCCUACAAUAUCAAAGAGUCCAUGGAGCACCUGUUGAGAAGUUAUUGAUGGGCUUUGCCACUUAUGGCCGCUCCUUCACCUACAUUCAGAGAGGUGUUGGUGCACAUUCACUGAGCAGGGAGGAGAAUUUAUAG